UCCGUUGGUUGUCAAGAUGGCAGCGGUAGGGUCGCUGCCGCAACCUCUGCUUUUGCCGGGCACGGUCGCAGCUGCCGUUGUCGCCCCCACAGUCCCCAGCGCCGCCGCGAAGCCGGGAUUGCCGCGACCAACCCUUGGGCGCCCGUGACGCGGGGUCUGACAGAACGAGUGCGGGGAGGGCGCCGGAAAGGAGGAGGAAGCCAAGCUGCCAUGAGGGAGGCGCCGGGGGGCAGCCCGGAGGCGGCGCCCAGGUGAAGGAUGCUGGCGGGGAGGCCCGGAGCCCAGAGCGCGGUCUUGGGCCGCGAGUCCUCGGACGCCCUGGGCUUGAACCCCGUCGGCCAUCGCGAGAGCGGCGCGCGUCACCGGCCUGGCGCCUACCUAGACAUGAAAAUCCACCUGGAGAAAAAUUUAGAAGUGGAACGCCAAAUCUUACUGCAGCAACAAAAAAUAUGUCGAAAUCGAGCACGUAAAUAUUUUGUGGAGUCAAACCGGAGAAAAAAAGUUUUUGAAGAUAAACGGAAAGAACAAGAAGAAAGAGAACACCAAAUUAGAGAACAAAUUCUUCAACAAAGAAAACAGAAGUUUGAAGAAGUUACUGAAAAAUUCCAGCGCGCCCAUAUUCCUCUUUCACGGAGGAGAGCAGUUUUCCAAAAACCAGUUCCUCCAUUAGAAGAAGCCCUCAAACAAAUUCAGGAAUCCAACUUAAAAUCAGAAGUAAACCUUCCCUUUUCCCACAGAUCAACCAUAAACUGGAGAGCUGUAGAUUCUGCCUUGCCUUCAGAAUCAUCAAAAAGUGAUCACAAGCAUCAGCAACAUUUCUUAUCCAAAAUCAAUUGUGAUAAAGAAAUGAAGGAAAACAACAUGACACUACUAACUACCAAGAAAAAUGUGUUCCAGCUUAAACUGGAAGAAACUCAGAAACUCCUAGAGGAUCAGCACUUAAGCAGUUUGCAAAAAUUUUGCGAUGAAGUUAAUCAGAUAACCAAUUCUGAAACCCUCUCAAGUCUGGACAGUCUUGAGGCUGGAGAGCGUGAAGAGCUAUACUUGACACUUAGCCAUGAGCCGCCUGUGUCAGUCCAGCAGGACUGUAUUUCCGUCAAAGCAGCAAACCUGCAGUCAACUAAUGUAAACUACCUUGAUGAAAAUAAACUGUCGUUCUCAAAAGCUCAGCAUAUAAACAAUUGGCUCAUGAAUUUAGAUGCUCAAAAUACUCAGUCUGUCACGUCAUUCUCAGAUAUCUUAAGUAAGCCUAGUGUUCUACCUUCGUGGGAACGGUUUAAUAACACAGAACAAAAUUCAUCUACUCUGAGUAGAACUGUGGAGACAGCCACAGGUACUUCCAGCAAUUCUGUCGCCUUUGUGUAUAGUUCACCCAUAGUUGCACUAGAUAAAAAGAAGGAAAAGACUUCUGAAACCAGUACUGUGAGGACGGGUAAGUCCACCUCCGGGGCACUGGAAAGGGAGAAAUUCAGCAAAGCCUGGACCACUCCACAUCCUCUAACCCAAGACGUGACCACAGUGUCUUACCAAGAGACAUCUGAAUUAACUCCAGAAAACAGAACUACUUCCAUUCCUACUUCAUUUGUACCCAUGGCAACCUCUUUAGUUUUGCCAUCUAACCCACAAUCAGCUAGGCCUAUAGCAAUGAACAAUAUUCUCUUAAAAGAAAUUGACCCAGUUCAGUGUUCUGACAAGUUAGAUGAGUUGGAAGAUGUUAAAGAUGAAAAGAUAAGAUAUUUUAAUUGUAAUAAAGAAGAGUUGCCCUUAUUUUCAGACAGUAUUCAAGCUGCCUGUGUACUUCAAAAUCCUGAUUCAAAAGAAAAAAAUGGAAAAAUAGCUGAAACAUCAUCGUCUCACGUAAUUUCUAAUUAUGACUUACUUGACCAGCGCACAAAAAUGAAAUACAACAUUCAUGAGCGAAAUGGUGUGAGGUUUCUGAAGAGUAUUUUAAAGAAAGAAUCUAAAUAUGAACAUAGUUAUCUACAGGCGCUAAUUAUAAAUCAAGGCUUUAAGUUCAGAAAUCAAAAAGCAGCAGCCAUCAGAGAUAGUAUUGAAUUAACAAAGGAAAAAGAAAAAGGUGCAGAAACGCCAAAGACUAUUAAAAAACUGAGGUGGUUUGAUGAAACUGGUGAUACAGAACACAGUUCAGUGGAGAACAGAACAGGAAGGACUCAACGGUGGUCUCAACAGUCUCACCUUAAGAACGGUGCUCGUGGCAGCAUGGCUAGUGUUCCUGCUUGUGCUGACAGGAAGAAUCCCAAGGCUGAGUCCAGCUCUGAAAAUGCCACUGAUUCAGGAGGGAUUGGAACAGCCCCUGUGCCUUUGAACUGCUUUAUACCUUCAGGUUAUAACUUGACUAAACAAGCCUGGCCAGCCUCCAAGAAAGAAGAAAGCAAAGUCCAUGUCCAUGACGGUGAUUCUAAGAGAGGCGCUCCCCACAGAGGUGGAGCAAAAGUGAGUAGGAGAACAGGCUCUGCAAAAGUGCACCCAGGCUUCCUAGAUGUGAACAGACGAGGCCCCAUCCAGCCACAGUCUGCAAGCAGAGCCAAUGCACUGGCACAAAUUCAGGGGAAAGUCAUUAUACCCCAUCCUCUGCCUAAAUCAACACCAAAUAUUAGAAGCAGUAAAAGUAUACAAAUGUCUCAGUGUCAAUUCACAAUGCCAGAAAGUUCUCAAAACAUCAUUACACAUAGCUGUUUUAAUUCAAAAUUCAUGCUUCCAACAGAACCCAGUAUGAAUCUGUGGAUGCAGGAAAGUGGUCCUCCAUGCUCGGAUGCUUGCUCUGACCUGGUCACUGUGAUGCCGUCUCCACUGUCUGUCUCUUCUGAGUGCCAAACCUUAGCAAAAUCAAAUCAUUUCAGCAGUGCUCAAAUGUUUGCCCCACAAGAUGGGAUGUUAUAUUGCACCCAAAGAAGUCCUGUUUAUGAAGAAAGUUAUCAGUCUGUGCAUCUUAGAAAUACUAAAGAAGAACUGGUUCCCUCAUGGAAAAGAGAGAAUAAUACACUGUGCCAAAAUGCAAGGGCCACAGAUUCUACUGUCACAAGAAGAAAGCGAAUUGUCGAAAAUAAGCGGAGAAAUCUUUUGGAGCAGAAAAGAAAAAACCCUGGAUCUGUAGGACAGAAGUACAAUGAGCAAACGAUUAAUUUUGGACAAAAUGUACAGCUAAGUUCAACUGAGCCAAAACAAACUACAGGAAGUACUUAUAACAUGGAAGAAGUUUCAGAUAGUAUUUCCGAGUUUCUGAUGGCAGAAAACCUAUUGAAAGCUUCAGUUCCUGAGGAUGAAAUUCUGACUGUCUUGAACAGCAAGCAGCUACAGAAACCAAGCCUGGCUUUAAAUAAAACCCAGCAACUCAACAUCUGUGCACUGUCCACUGAAGAACAGAAGAUCCUGCAGUCCCUUAAUCACCUCAACGAAAGGCUACACUGUAAGUGGAAGGAUGGCUUUGUAGGAAAUACGGUAUUUUGUACAUAAGCCUUUUAAUAGUUUAAAAAUUGGAAAUAAAAGAUAUGCCCACAUUAUCCCUACUUAAUGGAACACAUAACAA